AUGUCCAACCAAGCUCCUCGAGCACCGAGGAUCCACCCUCAAGUGCCCCCAAGCCAUCCACACGCUCUGGGCGGCCGAACCACCAACCCCCCGAGGCGCGACGAGGACACCGCCGUCGACAAGCUCCGCACCGAGCUGGGGUCCCACAAUCUCCAGUUCGGCAUCUUCAAGCAGCAGGUCACUAGCCAGCUCAACACUUUGGCCCAGCACAACAACACCUUGUUCGAGGCACACAGCAACCUUGUGCAGGAGAACAAGACCCUGCAACAGGCGAACAAGCUUCUCCGCAACGAGAUCGCCCGUCUCAGCAACGAAGCCACCCGCCAGCGAGCGGAGCUCGCCACCCUGCGCACCGAGGUGCAGACGGCCGCGGUCGAGCGGCAGGAGGAGAUCCUCCGGGCUGGCGCUACCGCGCAGCUCAUAUUGUCUCAAAUCGAGGAUCUUUGGAAUGCGUUGACUUCUCUCGACCAGAAGCGUCGCGGCGAGUUUUUGGAGUGGUUGGAGGGGAUGGAUGUGGACGGGGAGCAGUGGAUGGAGUUUUGGGGGUACAUCAUCGGGGGCAUGAGUCUUCUCGGGAAGGGAGAUGAGUGA